AUGGUGACCACAAGAGGCAUGGAGAAUCCAGAUCCAAUCCAGAUGAUAAGAGACCUGCAGGCGCAGUUAGAAGAGCAAGCCCGAACUAUUGCAACUUUACAGCAAGAAUUACAACAGAAGAAGACUGAUGAUGCCGAACGUAGCAAAGAAAAACAACACGACCGAGAGACAUUUGAAGACAGUCAGAAUCAUAAUCCGCCUCCUCUCCCUCGGUCCCCAGACUUCUUGCCGUUCACUGAUGCCAUCAUGCAGGCCCCUAUGCCCGAUCGGCCUCCACCUCAGGUGGAGAAAUUCGACGGCACGACAAAUCCAGAACAUCAUUUGCGGAACUUCAUCGAUUCAAUGGCUUUCUACACUCAAAGUGACCCAGUAAAAUGCCGGGCGUUCUCCCUGUCACUGAGGGGAGAAGCCCUAAAAUGGUAUUAUACCCUUCCACCCAAUUCGGUGGAUAAUUUCCGCACACUGACAAACAUGUUCAAAAAGCAAUAUUCCACCAACCGAUAUAAAGAGGUUACUACUGCCGAGCUAGUCAAUCUCAGGCAGGGAAAAGACGAAACUCUCAGAGCUUUCAUGCACCGAUACAACCACGCCGCCCGGAGGAAAAAGGGAGCCAGCCCCGAAUUCAUCAUCAGCAGUCUGCCCAACUGUCUUAAAGCAGGAUUCGUCUCUGAAAGCCUGUACGCCGAAUUACCCCAUACGUUGGAGGAGCUACAACAAAAGAUGGCCAAGUUUAUUAAAAUGGAAGAUCAGAGGAUUUUCUGGAAGCAACAACAUGAGGAGCAUCCAGUAAGUGUUAACAAAAAAGAGGGCAAGCGAAAAAAUGAGAACGUCCGGGAACAGAAACCAAUCAUGAAUCUAAACCCUAGAUACGACCGCUAUGCGCAUCUUACCGCCCCCAGAGAAAAGGUGUUGGAACGAGCUCUACAAUCAAACCUCAUCUUUCAAAGAAGAAAAUUUCCACCGAAAAAUAUGGAUGCAACGCAGAUAUGCCGAUUCCAUAAUUCGGGGGGACAUACUACUAAAGGCUGCCAGACUCUCAAGGAUGAAAUAGAGAAGCUAAUCCGUGCCGGACAUCUUCGUGAAUUUGUAAGGGAAGAUUUCGGCCACGUGGGACACUCUCCCAGAAAGACACGAAGAAGCCCAGAACAUGCCAAACGAAAAGGUAAUUACUCACGCGACCGUUCUCGUAGUCCUCCAAGUCACAGAUCCCGCAGUCGACCUAGAGAGCGGGAACCCAUAGUUAAAGGCAAGAUUGAUACCAUCUCAGGUGGUUUUGCUGGAGGAGGUGCUUCAUCCUCAGCCCGGAAGAGACAUUUGAGAAGUCUGCGCAGCGUACACUCAGUAAUACGCAAUCCGGCGUCAAUGCCGAACAUAACAUUCACAAACAAAGAUUUUCACGCGCCAGAUCCUGAUCAAGAUGACCCCAUGGUCAUCACCGCCCGCAUUGCACAAUACGAUGUGAGUAAAGUCCUCGUCGAUCAGGGUAGUUCAGUCAAUAUAUUAUACUGGACAACCUUUCGAAGAAUGGAAAUUCUAGAAGAUAUGAUUGCUCCGUUUAACGAGCAAAUUGUUGGUUUUGCUGGAGAAAGAGUAGACACCCGGGGGUACAUCGACUUACGAACCCACCUGGGGUCCGAUGAUGAUGGUAAAGAGCUCAGAGUUCGUUUCUUGCUAGUAGAAGCAAACACGUCCUAUAACGCCCUUCUAGGACGCCCUUGCCUAAAUGCUUUUGGGGUAAUCGUCUCUACCCCACAUUUGGCAAUGAAAUUUCCUACGGACAAGGGAAAUAUAUGCACCGUCCAGGCAGACCAGAGAACCGCUCGCCAAUGCUACGUUGCUGGUCUAAAGGUCACGCCUUACAAAAGAGAGAACCGUACUGGAGCAAUCUUGAUUGACCUUGAUCCCAGAACCAAUACAGACGAACGCAUACAACCUGAAGGUGAGAUAAGGCCUUUCAUGGUGGGAAAAAACGAACAACAAACUACUUCAAUCGGAGACAACCUUUAG